UGGAACACGUUUCUUCAUUGUUGUUGAGGAGCAAAAACUAGCACAAGAAGCAAAAUCCGUCUCCUCUGUUUCUUCCCCUUUUUUUCAAUGUUAUGUUAAUUUUCCUGUUAUAUAAAAGUUAGCAAUCAUGGCUGAGAAUAAUGGAAAUCAUGGAGUAGUUUUGAAUGUGAACGCGGAAGCCAAUCAGAAUCCGCCUCCAUCAACCUCCAAAACCAAAGAUUCCGACGUCGGUUUCACUGUUCCCUUCAUGCAGAAGCUGAUGGCUGAGGUGUUGGGCACAUAUUUCUUGAUAUUUGCUGGUUGUGCAUCAGUGGUGGUGAAUGUAAACAAUGAGAAAGUUGUAUCACUGACUGGGAUUUCCAUAGUUUGGGGAUUGGCCGUCAUGGUGUUGGUUUAUUCAGUGGGUCAUAUCUCCGGUGCUCAUUUCAAUCCUGCAGUCACCAUUGCUUUUGCUACCUGCAAAAGAUUCCCUCUCAAACAGGUUCCAGCUUAUAUAUCAGCUCAAGUUCUUGGAUCAACUAUGGCAGCUGGAACACUUCGUCUUCUGUUUAGCGGACCCCACGACGUCUUCGCCGGAACGUCACCGCAAGGGUCGGAUUUCCAAGCAUUUGUGAUCGAGUUCAUCAUCACUUUCUACCUCAUGUUCAUUAUAUCUGGCGUUGCCACUGAUAACAGAGCUAUUGGUGAACUUGCUGGACUUGCCGUUGGGGCUACAGUGCUGCUUAAUGUGCUGUUUGCUGGGCCAAUUACAGGAGCAUCAAUGAACCCAGCAAGGAGCUUGGGACCGGCAAUAGUAUGGAAUCAUUACAAGGGAAUAUGGGUAUACCUUACUUCACCUAUUAUUGGAGCUGUGUCGGGUGCUUGGGUUUAUAACAUGGUGAGGUACACUGACAAGCCAUUGCGGGAGAUCACCAAGACUGCUUCUUUUCUCAACUCUUCCCGUAAUUGCGGUUAAACUUAGGUCUCUUUUUCAUGCAAACUUUACCUUGGACUCUAUAAUGUAAUACUUUCAUUUCUGCACUGCUCUCUUUUUGUUACUUAUCAUUUCCGAAAGAUGAUGGUUUAACAGAUCUUGACAUUAAA